AUGCUGCUGGCCACAGCUCCCCUUGCGGUGGCACGUCAAUCCCAACCCACAUGCUUGCCCAUGCCAGUGGUCCCCGGAAACACCACCAUUUCAACCCACACUACCAACAACACCCUAAUCGUCGAGGCUGACGCACCCAAUCCCACACCCAGCGACUCUCCUCGCCCGGAGCUAAGAAUCAUCGACGAGGAUCCCGUCUACAAAUACGUGGGGUGCUGGUCUGAGGUUACCCUUUUAAACCCUGACGUACAUGCUCUCGAUGGUCCCUUCUUGGUGGCACCCGGCCUCAUGAAUGUCCACGUGUGCGUAGAUUUCUGCCGCCGCGCCUCUAACAAGCACAACCAGAACCAGACUGGUUACCACUAUGCCGGCCUUGAGUUUGCCUACCAGUGCUGGUGUGGUGACAACCUCUCGAAGCACAGCUACCACUUGAUUGAUGACGUCUGUGAUCUUCCUUGUGAUGGUGCAAACACGACUGUAUGUGGUGGACAUCUCGCUAUGACACUAUAUAACAUUACGGAAAAGAAGACUCCUGGAGAUAACAAUGGAUUCGGCGGAAACGGGAGUAAUGCUGGAACCGGCAACCAGCCAGAAGCACCCCAUGAUCAAGCGGCACUACAAGCCGUGGGAGUGGGUAUUCUCGUGCUGGCUGUGACUUUUGCCUUGGGCUGGGGUUGCUUGUAA